GUGAUCACAUCAAACACAUUCAGUUCAGCUCCUCAACUAUUAUUCUCUUCUCUUUAUUCACAGACUCUUCAACUCUCAACUGAAAACUCAACAAAACGCUCUUUCCUAAUUCUUCUAAUCUCUCUCUCAGAAUUGUAAUGACAAGUAAUGAUGAUAAUGACUUUUUAACAUCAGUUGAUAACUCAUUUGGAAAGCUUCCUGAUCAUCUCCUGAUAGAAAUUUUCAUCCGAGUCCCUGUGUCUGAGUGGGCACAAAUAUCUUGUGUUAAAAAGCAUUGGGCCAGUCUGUUUCGUGGAGAAUGUUUGUGGCAAGCUGCUCUCACUAGGGCUUUUCCUUUGGCUGGCCAAGCUAAGAGGUGGCCUGGACCUAUUCCUCGAGGAUUGAGCAGGAGGAGAUAUGUAGCUUUGCAUGUUGCUACACACAUUUUUUCCCUGGAUGGUGAGGUAGAUGAGAUUGUGGGCCACACUUACCUGUUUUUGAAGGAACAGCUUGAACUCUCAACUAUGCCACCUCCAUCAGGAGUACUUCAUGGAACAAUAAUUGAUCAGUUUAUCGCUUGUGGCAAAUCAAGAGACAUGGCACAUGAGCUUGCUUCACAGAUCUGGCUGGCUGUUCUUGACAAUUUGGAGGAAAAUGAGCAAACAUUUUGUGUACUCAAACGACUUGCGCUAGAGGGAGAUGUUUUUCUUCCAUACCCAUAUUCACGAUCAAACAAAGUGCAAUGGAGAGUUUAUGAAAAGCUCUUCACAGAUUUUCGCGACUGCUUCAAUCAUGUGGAUUACUAUGAUGUGUUGGCAUGUGCUAAGAACAAGUUUCAGCCAAUUCCAUCUACAUGGUUAGGUUACUAGCGCGCCUCAAAUUCUGUACAUUGACCAUGCAAGUAUUUGUAUAUACGAAUAUAGCCAUUGCACCUAUCCUGCAAAUUCAUGAGGUAGAAUCAUGGGUUGAAGACCUCUGGAUUCUUGAAAAGGAUUCUUGUAUGUGUGCUGUUAAUCAAUGGAUCUCUAGGGAAGCGAAACAUGUAUAAAUUUCCAGAGGAUAUCUUUCUUACCUUUUGUUCAUACAUGUAGAAUAAAAAAACACUUUUUUUUUUUUUUUUUUUUUGAGUUCUUGGACUUGUAUAGACUAUAGAGACUG